AUGGCCUCACGCAAGAGCAGCGGUCCUGGUCCUGGUCCUGGUUCUGCUCCCGCCACCGCCGACCGCCGGCCAAACUUUUGGAAGCCUUGCGCAAUCCUUCUGGAUAGCAGCCACGGUCCCAUCCUCGGAGGGAAAGCUCUCGGUGUGCCGCAGUCGGAGGUCAACUCAUACCUCUUCACGUACAACAAGACGCAUGUCGAGCCGAGCAUGGGAUUCUACCUGGAGUUUCCAUUCAAUCAAGCAAACGAGGAAGAAGGGUUUGGCCUAUGCCACAGGGUCAACAAUCUCAAUCACGCCAUAGUUCAAGCCGACAUGCGUAGGAUUGAGGUCAGAUUCCCCCGAGAAGGCUUCUCUCGUUCCAUCGAGCCAGUGGUCAGCGAUGCCCUGCGAAGCCGCUUCCCUGGCACCAAGAAGCCCCUGUCGCUGGUCAGGGUCAGCCUGAGGGAUCCAUCCCUCAUCAAAGUGCACGGUUUCGGUAUGCCUUUCAAGGGCCCAGGGCACCCAUUCGAGGAGUUGCUCAACCACCAGGGAGCUCUACUGCAGUUUCUGCGGCAGAAGAAGAUCCGUAUCAUUGUCGCCGCACCAAGCCCCGUCUUGGAGCGCGAUUGGGACGCCAGAAGUCUUCCGCUGCCUGUCGCCUACCCCUACGGCAACAUCCACAGUUGGGACGAAGUGCGACAUGCCACAAUCCUUGGUUCCGAGAGUCUCGAGUUCCCACCCACCUGGAGUUAUCAUGAUGACAAUGCUCACCUAGCCGUUAUGAUACAGACUCAGGUCCAAGACUUCAUGUGGCUUGACGGAGCUGUUGACGAGAUCGCUUCCCAGAAGUUCUCGGCGUAUUUCGUGGAGUACGCUCAAGGCAACACGUCGAGGUACUAUGUCAUCAUGGCCCUCUCAAGGACCCUCAAGGUGGAGUUCGAGCAUGCUCUGUGUCAUCUGGCCAAGGGCGCCUUCAAGCUUGACCUCUACGACAACUGGGAAGACGAGGCGGCCUCUGGUCAAUGGGAUGCCAAGGUCGUGAAUCCGCAAGGCAUCGAUGCCCUCAACGCACAUCACCUUGCCGGUCGCGAGAUGAUUCUGCUAGUUCGCCGGCCCCUCCUAACGCAAGCCGCCCGAGGCUCCGAGUUCAAGGUCACCACGUUCCACGAUCGCCUGGCUGCUGACCUCGCGUUGAACGAACAGGGUUAUGAGAGGAAGGUCAACACCAUCUGCCUCUUUCAACCCGGCAAGCAGCCAACCAAUUCGAUUGGCGGGGCUCGUGACGAGGUCGACUUCAAGAUGAGCCUACAUCGAGACCUGGUCCGUGGAACAGGCUUUUAUGAUACGCUGCUGGGCUACGUUCCCUCCGGCCCUUCUCCCGAGCCUUUGGGCAACCUAAGCAGAUCACUCCCCGUGAUCAACCUCCUAGGAACCGAUCAAGACCGAGUCGAGGCCCUGGUGCAUGAGGUUCUUCCCCAAGACCGAGCCAGGUUCCAGACAUACCUGAGCGAGAGGCCUCUUGGGCUCGGAGUCAUCACUCCAGGUCCUGGCCUUGGGAACACAACUGCCCUCGUCGUUGGCACGAUUGGCAUGUCGUGCAGCCUCGGCAAGAUCUACGCCACCGGCCCGACAGAUGAGGUUGUGAACGACUUCGCCGCUCGACUCGACCAUGUGGACACCAGGGCGACGGACCGCAUGAACGACGGCCGCGAUGAAGGGGACCGUAUUCGAUACAAGCAUGUUGUCCGCGGUUACAAGAUCGAUGACGAGGCAUCUGCCUUCCUCCACCUGUUGCGAUGCCCCGAUGAUGGAGAUAAGGCUGCCCCGAACUCGUUCUUGUCAGGCCAGUCAGAGUGGAAGAUGCACCUAUCUGCCGCAUAUUGGCUCCUUGCCCUCCUGCGCUCCCCCAGUCCCAGGGUCCGCCCGCUUCGUCGGGAUGAGAGCGCUGCCCUUCACGAGAUGCGCAGCCGCAUCGAAAACGACAAGCAGUUGCACCGCCUUCGUGCCCUGGCCUCCCAAGGGAUCGAUUGGAUCGAGUAUGAGCAAGGCGCCAUGCUUAGCAAGGACAGGCUUGUCUCGUUGUUGGAGGAGGUUGUUCGUGUCGCAGACAUCGUCUGCACCACCCCAUCACUGUCGGCCAAGGAGCCAUAUUCCGCCUGGAAGCGCGAGGCUCGGGGCAUUGCGGUAGACGAUGCCGCGUGCAUGAGCCGGCCUGACCUCUACUGCGUUUGGGGCAACACGCUUCUGCCCUGCCUGAUGGCGGGAGACGAUGAGAAGCUUCCACCGGCGGCGCUGUACUCCCACAACCGGUUCGGCCAACAUGCCAGGAUCUCGCCGUUUAUCUGGUUCAAGGCGAUGGGAUGGCCCGUCUACCGUCUCGGGUUGUCCAGGUAG